AUGUCGCGGAAAGGGUAUCCUCUCCAGUCAAACAUAGUGUACCUAUCAAACAAAAAAGUACCAGAGUGGCUGGAGUCCAACAAGACCCUGAUACUGAACCAUGUGUAUCUGCUGAGCCAGAGUACCAAUAUACAGAGGAUGCUGCCUGUUCUGGGACGAGUUGACCAUGCAAUUGUAUUAGAUGCGCCUGUGUAUCAAGAUAGGGCUGAUGAAGUUGUCUCUGCGACAGAGCACGUAAACAGGGCCGGAUGUGCUACCUCAAAGGAGCUUCAGACUGCCCUGGAUAGCAUCACAGCCAUGUCUGGGUGUGAUACAUCAGAGGAGGUUACUGCUGCCCUGGAUAGCAUGACAUGUGUCACGGGUACCGAGAGAGUUCCGGAUGAUAUGCUAACCGAUGUGGAAUAUGCAAAUGCCUUUCAAGAGAGUGAAGUGUCCCAAGCAUCCGAGCCACAUUUCAGUAGGCCACAGUGGAACGUUGACUCUUGUCCAGGUUCAAUAUUUUCUGCUACAACCGAUCCCCUUCCCACUAUGAAACCACCUUCAAGCGCCAUCUGUAAUGAGGUAACCCAGCUUACAGAUGUGGAACUCAGCACCUUCAACGCCUGUAUUGGUGACAUGGCCCCUCUCGGGUACCCAGAGAACUCCAUGGCUGCUCUUGAGAGGGUCUGUGGUGAAUAUGUCUUUCAACAACAACAGUCGGCACAGCCUCUAGAGCCCCAGCAGGUUGAGGUGCAUCUGGAAACGUUUCAUCAAGUGCCGCAGCAGGAGGCCCGGGUCCUACAUCCCCAACAACCAGCAUCUCAAGUGCCUGAAACUCCACAGCAGACCGUUGAUAUACAAGGGUUCAACGUGUGCAAACCCAAGCCAGUGACAUCUUUACAGUCGCAAAGGACAUUGUUCCCCACACCACCACAAUCCGAAGCAUCUGUCACCUAUGAAGAAUCCGUGCCUGGUCCCAGCCGAUAUAACCUGUACAGCGACGGGGCUACCGUGUCGUCCAUUGCGAUGAUAAUCCCUGUGAUGAAACAGUUGAUUAUAUGCACCACGUGUAAAAAGAAGUUCAACAGAGCGUUCAUCUGUAACAACUACUUGAUUCAGCUGAACAGGCCCGUGCAAUGUGCUUGGGGCUGUGUAUUGUGCAGACUGUGUUACAGUGAACAAAGUGGUUGUCGCCUACACGAUAUAUCAUACCACUCUAAGCACAACACCCUUGCCAAUUUCCCUGCUCUGGAGAAUGUAGGAGACUGGGAUCUGGAACUCAACAUAGAUGAUAAGUUCAAGACUGACAAGGAGGUCAACGUCCAUGUGCAGCUGAUUAUGAAUGAGGAGCAAUCCUCUGGAGUUGACACCCUGCGAAGAGCGUUCAACCAUCUCAUCACAGUGAAUGACACCAUGUCCUUCAGGUACUGGGUAAGCAAAGCAAUGCCAGAAGAGGUGGCCUACAGAUAUGUCUGCAUCCCUCAUGUACCUGGGUUCUGGGAUCACGUUGUGGUGGGAACCCGUCCCCUUCCCAGAACGGAGAAGCUGAUCGGACCUGAUGACUCCUUACCGAGAUUGUUCAAUGUGUCACUUGGGUCCUUCAGGUUUCAUUGGAAUGCCAACAGCAUGUUCACAUGCCCCUCAGAUGGUAAUUCAGGAGGUAAUUACAUCGAUAUUGUUGAGGAGUUUAGCUCCUACCACAACAGUGGCGAUGAUGGUAUUGGUCUCACUCACAUGUCCACAACCACAGAGUGUUACAGCUUCCUUUAA